CUGACCAGAGCAGUGCUUACACAGCUGCAGAGGAGCUGUCUGGCUGACAGUGACAGGGGAGUUACAGCACAAUCCCAACAGUAACACUAUUGAGGACUGAGAGGGGACACACACAGACACAGAGGCUGGGAUGGAAGACUCUGGGCCGACACUGGCAUCUGGGCCCACUUCUAAUUCUAAUUUACCUAUAAUGGAGGAGUCUAGUGACAAACUGUUCUGCUGCCGCUGGGUAAGACACAGAAUCCCCCUGGCACACAGAGAGGAGUUCUACCACAUUCUCCGCAUGACUGGACCCUUGCUGCUGUCUCGAAUCCUAAACUACCUGCUUCCGUUUGUCAUCACUAUGUUCUGUGGUCGCCUGGGGAAUGCAGUGUUAGCUGGCUAUGGCCUGGCCUGCGCGACUAUUAAUGUUACGACUGCAGCAACAGGAGGUGGACUUGCCUUAGCAUGUGACACUUUGGUAUCUCAGACAUUUGGUGGUAAGAACCUGCAGCGUGUGGGUAUUCUCCAGAGGAGUGUGUUGAUCCUGCUGCUCUUCUGUCUCCCCUGCUGGGCCAUGCUCCUCAAACACCCAGUCUAUCCUGCUGCUCUGGGCCAGGAGCUUGAAGUGGCCAGGAUAGCACAGCUGUAUGUCAUCGCCUACCUACCUGCAGUGCCGGCUAUUUUCCUGCAUCAACUUCAGGCUUCUUAUCUCCAAAACCAGGGGAUAAUACUGCCUCAGAUGUACACAGCAGCAGCGGCCAACAUCGCCAACGUGGUGACAAACUAUAUCCUGCUCUACUGGAUGGACCUGGGAGUUGUAGGGUCGGCAGCAGCUAAUACGCUUUCCCAACUCUACAUAUGUUCCUUCUUAUUUGCUUACAUUUGUUGGAAGAAGCUACAUGUGAAAACAUGGGGAGGCUGGACCACAGAAGCGCUGCAGGAGUGGGGCUCUUAUAUGAAACUAGCCAUCCCCAGUACACUGAUGCUGUGUUUCGAAUGGUGGAUCUAUGAGCUUGGGGGGUUCCUUGCAGGCAUGCUGAGUGAAGUGGACCUGGCUGCUCAACACGUAGUCAUAAUGCUGGCUUUCAUCAACUACAUGUUCCCCCUGGGGAUCCAGGCUGCAGCAUGUGUUCGUGUGGGGAACGCCCUGGGGGCCGGAGACACAGCUGGGGCCAUCCUCACCAGCAAGGUGUCCCUCGCCCUCUCAGGUUCAAUGGCAGUAAUUCAGGGAAUCAUGCUGAUCUCUACUAAAACAGUAAUCGGCUUCAUGUUUACUUCUGAUGCGCAGAUCAUAGAUCUGGUCUCUCAACUUCUCAACGUGUACUGUGUUCUUCAGUUCUUUGAUGGGCUAGUGUGUGUGUGUAUGGGAAUCAUCCUGGGCACGGGCCAACAGAAGAUAGCAGCGAUGGCUAAUCUCAUCACCUACUACUGCGUGGGCCUUCCACUGGGCAUCUCUUUGAUGUUUGCUGCUGGCCUCAGGGUUGUAGGGUUCUGGUUAGGCCUGUUAAUCUGUGUAAUUCUACAGUCCAGCUUCUUCAUCACUGUCAUCUUCAGGCUCGACUGGAAGAAAAUGACAGAGAAG